AUGGUUAAACGAGGGCUUUCUGAUAGCGAAAGCGAAAGCGAGGACGAUUGGAGAAACAGAGACACAGACCGAGAGAGUAGCGACUCCUCUGAUGACAACGAGGACAACGAUGAAGAAAAUCCUAAUGAUUCUAACCAUUAUCCCGGAAAUCAUAAAAAGGUAAUAAAAGAUCGAUUCCAGGCCAGUGACAGUGAAGGAGAUGACGACUACGACGCCGAGUUUGAGAAACAUGUGCAGGAGGCACGAAGGGAAAUGGAACAGAGCGCCAAAAAGCUCAAGCAACUAACUCCGGAACAACUAGCCAAAGAGCAGAAGAAGAUCAAACGCAGCGGGGUGGUAUAUCUUUCGACUAUCCCUCCGUACAUGAAGCCUGCAAAACUCAGACACGUGUUGCAACGGUUUGGAAAAGUGGGGAGGCUAUAUCUCAAGCCUGAGGAUCCCAAGGUUUACAAGACAAGGGUGAAGACGGGAGGAAACAAGAAAAAAAAGUUUGUGGAGGGCUGGUGUGAGUUUGAGAACAAGAACGACGCCAAACUUGCAGCGGAAACCUUGAACGGGAACAAGCUUGGAGGAAAGAAAGGUAAUUUUUACUAUGAUGACAUUAUGAACAUCAAAUAUCUCAAAGGCUUCAAGUGGCAUGAUCUGACGGAAGCUAUGAAUAGAGAGAUCGAAAUCAGAGAGAGCAAGAUGCAAUCUGAGCUUUCUCAGGCGCACAAGAUAAACAAGAAUUUCAUCAAGAAUGUGGAAACCUCGAAGAUGAUCGAAAACAUCAAGAAACGGAAAAAGAACGUUGAGCCCACUGUUCAGCGCGUGUAUGCCCAGCGCUCCGUUACUACGAAUAGAGCGGGAGCCGAUGCAUCACAGAAGGAUACCAAAAAUACAGAGAGUGGUAAGCUGAAAAAGGUGCUUGAAAAUAUUUUCUGA